GAUGAAGGAAGGGAAUAUAGAACCUUCAGUUAUGAUAACAGGAAUGAAAAUUUGACUAGUUCCAUACAUAAAGCUCUUUCUCAGUGUUAGCUGAUGUUUAGUAUUCAAAACUUUUAUACACUACCACUAGUGUUGAAAGGUGCUUAAUAGAUCUAGUAUGUUGACUGUUAGAAAAGUUAAAUCUAAAAACUACUCUACUGUUCAGGAACACUAGUUAUUAGUUUACACAAUAGUUCUCAUUAAAUUACACAGCAUGUUAUUGAAACAAAUGAUAGUGUCGUACAUUAUGUACAAAAAUGACUAUACUUUCAGAUUCGAUUCCUGAAUGUCUCUGUAAUUAACGUUAUUGCGUUACUCUUGUCAUCACCGUAGCAACGAUGUCCAUUAUUCGACCAUAAACAAUAUGAAAUAUCAGAGUUCAAAUCUUUUAACUGUUUUCCUCAGAAAAGUACCCAACCUCCGCUUGAGUUUUGGCACCCGUGACGGUGUCCUCUGGUUCAAGGAGACAACUCAGGAAAAUAUAGACUUUGAGGUGAUAUUGAAAGAUUGUGACCUGAACAGUGUGAUAGCCCGUCUGAAAACAUAUAAAUACAACUCUUCAGAGGGCCCCUUAUGGUGCGCUAAGUUCCUACCCGCUGCUGCCGUUGCUAAUGUUGUUGGAGAGUCAGAAACUGUGGCUGCUUCUGGUGGUACUGACUCUGGCAUUCCCUACGAUGGAUCCACUGGCCGCUCUGCUGAUACUGGUGCUGCUACUGAACCAGCUGCUAUUGAUACUGCUGCUGACGGACCUCGCCAAUACCGCCUGUCAAUCCUUGUUACCAGGUCUUCUUCCAAGUCAUUACUUGGUGAUUUGGGUGAAUCUGGAGGAUGUCCUGUGUCAGCGCCAGUGUGUCUACCAUCUGGCUCUCAGUCGACUAGCUCGACACCACAUGGGCUUACUGCUAGCUCGUUAUUGCAUGACUUUACCAUUCGGACAUCACCACAGGCUCUCUCUCCACUUCUCGCUGAGGAAUGGUCGCCGUGGCCUUGUACAAGCCACUUGGCUCUUGGUAUACACCAUGGUGUUGCUGACGGCUUCACUGCCCUAAAGAUAUGUGGGUUCUUCCUGCAGCUGUUAAAUGAUGUCAUAGCUGGCACACCUGUUGAUGAUGAACAGCAGCUUGGAGAAUUUGUCGCUGGUGAAACUUUUGAACUAAUAUCGGCGAGAAAAGUGGCUAUAGAAAAUAACCCCUCUCUGAAACAGAUGUUGAUGGGGAAAUGGGAAAGAAAACUGAGGAAAUCCGAAUUGGAAGUUCUCUUCAAAGUUCCAAAAGGGUUAGAGGACCAGGCACUCCACUUGACUAGCGUCUUAGAUGAAUUCACUACAAAGUUACUAAGAGAGAAGUGUUUUACGGAGGAUGUGACGCUUCAUUCUGCCUUCUGUGCUUUGGCUACAGUCGCUUUCGUUGACCUCCUGGUGGAAAAGAAUAUAAUUAGUGACAAGUACACCGUGUACAGCAAACACAGUACAAACAUGAGAAACUAUUGGAGCAGCGAUUCAUCUCUUGCGUUUGGCUGCCACAUGGCGCCCAUCAAUAUGUGUACCAGGAUCCCGAGAGAGGUUAUGCAAGAUUUUUGGAGCUUUGCACGCUCUUUUCAGAGAGAUUUCCACAGAGAAAUGGAAAAUGCGACAAUGCUACAGGAGGCGGCGCUGAAUGAGCUGUGUCGCUCGGAUGUACAGAACAGCAGAGAGAUGUUCUUGAAUCCACCACCUCGUCAGACUGACUACUAUGUUUCUAACAUGGGUGAUGUGACUCAGCUGGUGCAGGGAGGACCCCACGUACGUCCCGAGUUUGUAUUGUCGACUGUAUCAAUAAACAAGUUUAACUUAGCCUGUGCUCACAACCUUCAUACAUUCAAAGGCUGCUUCAUCCACACACUUGACUACGCAACACGAUACAUGACCAGAGAGGUAGCAACGAAGUAUUGCAACAAAAUAUUUGAAAGAUUAAAUGAAGUAGUCUUAUGAAUAGUCAAUUAUUUGAAAUAGCCUGAUCUCUCUUCUGUAUUCAUAAUAAAAGGAAAGUUAUAUCUCGUGUCUAUUCGUAUGCAAGUACUUUAAUUUUCCAUGAUAGAUAUUUCUAAUGUUCUCAUGUUUAGCCUUUCUCAUGUAUCUGCUAAACAAUUGUAACAUAUUUUUAAGUCAUUUAGGUUAUUUUAAUAUUUUGCUUAGUAUAUUAGUUUUAAUUUAUAAAACUGGUAUUUUAGAUAAAACUAAUUUCCUGAAAUAUUAAGAUUUCGAAGAAGGUAAAUUUGCUUGAGCAAUCAUAGCAGAUAAUUCCAGAGCACUGAGCUUCUCUGGUUCAGAUUUUUUUUUUUGUUUAUAUUUGUUUGUAUUUGAUUAUUUUGUUUAAAUAAAGCUUUAAAUUA